AUGGCUUCUGUCACAGUGUCCACUCCGGUGAAGAGCCACCAUGGGCUGUUUUCCUCCAAGACUGCUGGCGGUCGUAUCCCUCUGACCCCUUCGCCUAACCACCUGGCCAGCGGUACCUCGUCACCUUUCACUCCUCCUCAAAAGGCCGACGCUGGCCGUGGCCAAACCAAGUCCGUCUACGGCGGCAACCUCUCUGCACACUUCACCAAGUCCUCCGUCCAGAAGUCAAGCCGUACCACAUACCGUGAAUCUCCCAAGUCAAACAUUGCUCGCAUUCGCAAGUCGCCAAAGCACCUCGAGCUCGGUGUGUCCGACUGGACGUUGACCGGCGGUAGUGUCGCAUCAACUUCAUCUCCUUCAUCAAAAGAACGCCCUCGUCGGGAGAUCCCCACGCGUUCUCGGGCCAGCAAGACAACUGUGCGCAUUUCUCACAACGCUGCUGACCGUUUCAUCCCAAACCGGACCGCCAGUGAAGGUCUGGCUACAAGUGGUGCUGCAAAGCCCGAAGAGGGCCAGCGCCCCAAGAGCGGUAGCGGUGGAUCAUCAGUUCUGGCUACGGCUGCUAGUGCUUUUGAUAUGGGUGCCCGUGGAUCCGAUGAUGACCUGACAGCUGCUCUUGAGAACUUGGGUCUUGAAGACAAUGAGCCCUCCACGUACACUCGCCCGGCUCCCGAUGCCGUUGCCUACAAGUCAUCGCUUGCUGAUGCCUGCGGUGUGAGCCAGAACACUCGCAUCCUGGCCUUCAAGCCUCCUCCCCCCGAGUCGUCGAAGCCUAUUGAUCUUCGUGCUCAAUACAACCGUCCUCUUCGUCCUGCCAAGUCGAACGCUGCCCAGUUCCGCCGCCGUGUCCAAACUGCCCCCGAGCGGGUUCUCGAUGCCCCUGGCCUUUUGGAUGACUACUACCUCAACUUGCUCGACUGGAGCUCUGGUAACCAGGUCGCCAUUGGUCUCGAGCGCAAUGUCUAUGUUUGGUCUGCUGAGUCUGGCUCCGUGAACUGUCUUUUGGAAAGCUCCCCCGACACUUACAUCAGCAGCGUGAAGUGGAGUGGUGAUGGUGCUUACGUUGGUGUUGGCUUGGGCACUGGUGAAGUUCAGAUCUGGGAUGUUGAGGAGGGUACCAAGCUUCGCAGCAUGUACGGCCACGACUCCCGUGUUGGUGUCAUGGGCUGGAACAAGCACACCCUGUCCACUGGAGCUCGUAGUGGCCUCGUCUACAACCACGAUGUCCGCAUCGCUGACCACAAGGUCGCUGAGCUUGUCUCUCACACCUCUGAGGUCUGUGGUCUCGAGUGGCGCGCCGACGGCGCUCAGCUCGCCACUGGUGGAAACGAUAACCUCGUCAACAUCUGGGAUGCCCGUUCCCUGAGCGCUCCCAAGUUCACCAAGACCAACCACCGUGCUGCUGUCAAGGCUCUCAGCUGGUGUCCCUGGCAAUCAAACCUUCUCGCCACUGGCGGUGGUUCUUACGAUCGUCACAUUCACUUCUGGAACACCACUACUGGUGCUCGUACCAACAGCAUCGACACUGGCUCCCAGGUCACGUCCCUGCGCUGGAGCAACCAUUACCGCGAGAUCGUCAGCUCCAGUGGCUUCCCCGACAACUCUCUCAGCAUCUGGAGCUAUCCUACUCUGGUCCGCAACGUUGAGAUCCCCGCUCACGAGACUCGUGUACUCCACAGCGCUAUCAGCCCUGACGGUCAGAUGCUGGCCACCACCGCCGCUGACGAGAGCCUCAAGUUCUGGAAGAUCUUCGAGCGUAAGGCCGGCACCACUGCCUCCAGUGCUCGUGAGGGCGGUGUGGGCAGCAAGGCCCAAAUGACCAAGUCUAUGACCAUCCGCUAA